AUGAUGAAAGAGCGAUUCAAAGAGGUAGAAGUAUGGUUAGCAACGGAGAAUUUGGCCGCGGAAGUGCACGCACCACCAGACAACACACCGCUAAUUAGAGGGCUGCAAUAUAUUGACGGCUGGCUGUACUCGAUGCCCGACUACACUAAAAGAACCAGCAGCUUAGAGAGGAUCCAGCGACACGCCAGCGAUGUACACAAGGUGGCCAGCCGUCAUGCUCAGCGUAAGGCGAACAUAUACCGCCGUAACCCGCUCGCUGACGAGGCGUCUACGCUACCCAGCCACGGCCCGACACCAGAACCCCAGCGCCGAGAUGCGCCCGGACCCACCGCCAUGUAG